GCGAGGCGGCACAUGCGCCCUGGCGGCUCCUGGGGCGGGGAGGAGGCGCGGGGAGGAGCGGCGGCACUUCCCCUGUUUUAGCUGCGAGACAGCGGGCGCAGGAGAAGCCGGGCGGCCGCCGGGGACCGCCGGAGGGGGGUGGGGGGAGUGCCACUGUCGCUGCGGCCGCCGCUCCCUGCUCCUCCUCCUCCUCCGCGGAGCGCCCUCCACCCCGCCCUCUCCCCGCCCGGGACCGAGUCUGGUGGCCACAAAAUGGCGGACGGGGAGCUGAACGUGGACAGCCUCAUCACCCGGCUGCUGGAAGUACGAGGAUGUCGUCCUGGGAAGAUCGUUCAGAUGACAGAAGCAGAAGUUCGGGGCUUGUGCAUAAAAUCACGAGAAAUAUUUCUUAGCCAGCCUAUUCUCUUGGAGCUAGAGGCACCUCUGAAAAUUUGUGGUGAUAUUCAUGGUCAGUAUACAGACUUACUUCGAUUAUUUGAAUAUGGAGGAUUCCCACCAGAAGCUAAUUAUCUUUUCCUUGGAGAUUACGUAGACAGAGGCAAACAGUCUCUGGAAACAAUUUGCCUAUUACUGGCAUAUAAAAUCAAGUAUCCAGAAAACUUCUUUCUCCUCAGAGGAAAUCACGAGUGUGCUAGCAUCAAUCGGAUCUAUGGAUUUUAUGAUGAAUGCAAGCGGAGGUUUAACAUCAAGCUGUGGAAGACCUUCACAGACUGUUUUAACUGUCUGCCUAUUGCAGCCAUUGUGGAUGAGAAGAUCUUCUGUUGUCAUGGAGGUAAGCUGAUGGCUGCUUUUAAAACUGUGUCUACACUGAUCCUUGG